ACUUGAGUAGUCCCAAAGCGAUCGCAGACCGAUACGGACGGCUGAUGAGUAGAGUGCACCUGUCCUAAGAAGCUGCAGUCUAAAACCGUUAAGAAUAUGUUGCCAAACAAAAUUUCCGCACUCCUUCUGGUGACCCUAAUCACCUUCCUCAAACUGGAGGCAAACGACGCCUUCAGAAGAAACUUCGAGGCGCGCCAAAGCAGCAACUCGAAUAUUCCACUUUGGAAGCAACGAGCCUGUGAAAAAUCGCAGAAACAAAAGCAAAAUGCACAUUAUGUGUGCGAUGAAAAGGGAGACUUUAAAUGCCUUCCGGGAUGGCAGGGUGAUCUCUGCCAGGUGCCCAUGUGCCGCAGAGGCUGUGACCCCAUGAAUGGCUAUUGCCAACGACCUGGGGAAUGCAGAUGUCGCAUUGGAUACAGCGGCGAACUCUGCGACAAGUGCAUUCCGCUGCCCGGCUGCCAGCAUGGCGGAUGCACCAAGCCCUUCGAGUGCAUCUGCAAGCCAGGAUGGGCAGGACUCUUCUGCACGGAACCCAGCUGCCGGACCGGAUGCCAUAGCACACGGGGAUAUUGCGAGGCGCCCGGAGAGUGUCGCUGCCGUAUUGGCUACGCCGGUCGCACCUGCUCGGAAUGCGCCACUAUGCCUGGCUGUCAGCAUGGAACCUGCAACAAGCCACUCGAAUGCCUCUGCCUGCCCGGCUACACGGGGUUACUCUGUCAGACGCCUCUUUGUGACCCCGACUGCAGCAAGCAGCACGGUUAUUGCCGCAAACCUGGAGAAUGCCGCUGCAAGGUGGGCUGGACGGGCAGCCAGUGCGACAAGUGCUUCCCGUAUCCGGGAUGUGCCAACGGAGAUUGCGAGGCGCCGUGGGAGUGCAACUGCCAUCCGGGAUGGGGCGGGAUGCUGUGCGACGAGAAGCUCACCUACUGCGUGGAGCAUCCGGACACGUGCGAAAACGAGGGCAAGUGCAUGUCGCUGAGCCGCGAGGAUGGGAGCUAUCGCUGCCAGUGCCGGCAGGGUUUUCUGGGCAAGAACUGCGAGAUACGAGAUGACUUUCUGCUAACCUCGGUGGCGCCGCCGCGCAUCACCCCGCCAACGCCAACUGAGCUAGAACUCAACCAGGACCAAGACCUGUACCAGGACAAGGACAAGGACAGGGACCAGGACGUGGGAACAGGUGCACCCGAUGACAGUGCAACGGUUGGUGGGCAGCCGGAAAAGUUGCCGACGGGUAACGAGCCGGAGCGCCGGACAAAUGACACCGCAGCCGUGACAACCGCAGGAGUAGGAGCAGGGGCAGUAGCAAGACCAGGAGGACCCAUCGGUUCACAAUCCACCAACAGCAACGCCAACACCAACGCCACAAGGACGACAAUGGUGGCAACUGGAGCUGGCAGCCACAAUGAGACUAAUGAAGCGUUAAGCGCCGUUACAACGAGGCGUGCCACCCCAGUUCCCCCAACUGGCGCAUCAACAUCCGGAGAAAAAGCCGUAAAGGGUUAUUCAACAAGUGUGGCGGCGGCGGUAGCGACAGGACCCCAGCACCGCCCACUGCCCAACAGCCCCACACAGUUCACUAGCCAAGAGCAAACAAUAGCAACUUUGGCGCCAGCUGCAACAGUAAUACCAACGGCAACAGCAGCAACAUCCGUGACCAGCCACAAGGAUAAGCCAAAUGUCGAGGAAGAGGAGGAGGAUGAAGAUGACGAGGAUGAUGAGGAAGACGAGGAUGGUGAAUAUGAUGAGGAGGAGGACGAAGACGAGGACGAUGAGGAGGAUGACAGCGAUCAACUCAUACCAAAUAUAAUAUAGUUAAGUGGCUGACAAAUGACGAGUAAUCCUUUCUGUCUAUAUGCAAGGUUUAUGUUUAAAAAAAACUCUUGAUUAAGGACAUUACCUAAUGCAUUACAUUAACAUUAACUGAGUACCGAGUAUCUCU